AUGUAUACACGGGGCGCCUUGUUGGUUCUAGUUUUGUUCCUAUUAAAUAUAAUAGUCGAAAUUGACACAGCUAGACCUUGGGGUAAUAAACAACAGUUUCCUCCGCAUUUAAUACCAGAUAAUGCGCUUCAUCCUAGAAGGUCGGUGGUGCGAAGAAAAAUAGUUCUUUAUCAUAAUUUCUUUCGCACAAAAGUACGGCCCCGUGCCGCUAAUAUGCUACUAAUGACGUGGCACGCAGGCGCGGCUCGACAAGCUCAGGCUUACGCGGAAAAAUGCCAGUUCUUAAAGCACAAUGAUGUCAGGGAAAACCAGGUGCCACAUCUAGGCACUUGUGGCCAGAAUCUGUUCGUAGCAGCACAGAAAACUCCGUGGUUCUUCGCAAUUAAGACAUGGUACCUGGAAUACCAGAACUUCACCUAUGGCAAUCCUGUUUACAACCUGAAGACCAUCGGGCAUUACACACAAAUGGUGUGGGCUACUAGUCAUAAAGUUGGAUGCGGUGUGGCCCAUUGCAGAGGAGGGCCAUGGGGACAUUUCUAUAAUUACGUGUGUCAUUACUGUCCAGGUGGCAACUACCACAGCAUAACGCAGUAUCCAUACAAAAUUGGGGAGCCGUGUGGAGAUUGUCCCAACCACUGCUUAUCAGGAUCCUUAUGUACAAACGCAUGCCACAAGAUGGAUUACUAUUCUAACUGUCCAGAACUGGUGUCCAUCACGAAGGAAGUAUGUGAACGUGGGCUUUGCAAUGCCACGUGCAACUGCGCUGAGGAAAAAAUACACAGAAAUUAUCCUUGGAGAUAAAAACCUCUUUUUUAAUGCCAUAAAGCUAUAACGCUAUCCGUUCAAGGUCAUAAUAGGCACGCACAGAUACA